AUCCCUCCCUCCCUCCCUCUCCCCGGCUGCUCUCCGCUCUCCCUCCCCCUCCCUCCGAACAACGGCACCCCAACGUUUCCCGUCGCGCGAGCGUCGUCGUCGUCCCGUCCCGUCCCGUCGUUUUCCCUCGUUUCUGUCUGUCAAUCGUCGACAACCCCAUCCCCAUCCCGCUCCCGCUCCCUCUGCAGGCCGGCGCUUGUCGCUUGUUUCUCGCUGCCGCUUGGCGCGUCGUCGUCGUCGCUGGUGCUUGCUGCUGCCGGCGAUGCUCCGCGGCUCUCGACGCCUUUUCUCUGAGAAAGCGGCGCGAGGGGCUCGCCCGCCUUCCUCUCUCUCGACCGCCGCGGCCGCUGCCACUGCCUGCGGUCGGCUCCCGUCAGCGGGGCAUUUCUCGUCUUCGCGAAUGCAUGAGCGAAUGGAAUAGUUCGGUCGCUCCUGCACUCGGAGCUCACAGCGAAUUCAGGAGCGUGUCUCGGCGGCAGUCUUCGGACACAAUAAGAGAUCGCUCGACGAAUUGCGCACGCGAUUGGAAGGAGAGGUGCGAGCGAGCGACGAUGGACGGAUUGGGCGGUGAUCGAGCGCUGGAGUGACAUGCGGGCGUCGAGAGUCGUCGAGAGCUGAGGAGCGGAGCGCAGAGGGAGCGGGAGGCGGGGUGCCAAUCUCGGCUUGCUGCGGAAGGAGGCGCAGGUGUGCGUGCAGGGUGUAGGAGCUGGGGGCUGGUGGGGGUUGGGGGAAGGAGAAGAGAGGAGAGGAGACGAGAGGCAGAGAUCCGGUGCGGGGUGCGCAACGGGCGCGAGAUUUGCGUUACAGAAAAGAAGCGCGCGGUCGAGACCGCGGCCUCGGUCGGUCCGCUCGCUCGCCAGCUCUGGCACCGUUGCCGGACGCGAGCGACUCGUUCCGUGCGACGACGACGAAAGCCGCCGGCGGAAGCGACUGGCGAACCGAGUGGUGGUCCGGUCGGCUCUGCGUCUCGUGGCGCGGCGCGGCCUCCCUACCCGUCGUUUCCCGGUUCUCUCGCACCGGCGAAAACAACAACGAAGUCGGUCCUGAUCCCGCCAGACCGACGACCUUGACCGCGACCGACGUGCGCCUUUCUCCGGCUCUACCGCACGACAUGGACCCAUAAUCACGUCGACGGUGACAUUCGGUCGCGCGGAAGAGCAAAGCGUCGCGCUCCCGGUGGCAGAAACUUACCGCGAGGGAUUCGGAGCCUGGCGGAGAUUUCGAGGGAUCUCGUGGUGUCGUCGUCGUCGGCGGCGGCGCGGUGACCGGGAGACGAGACGGGAAGCGAGCGGCGGUGCCCCACUUAUGCUCUGCCUGGAGCCGAGAAGGCCUUCCGGCCUCGAGAGCGGCCCAUCGUCAAUUGCCAGGCUGCCGCCGGCGGCGGCUCAUAUGCGCGUCGCGCUCUCGGCUUUCUUCUGCGAAUGUAGUAGUAGCAGUAGAGUCGCGAGGACGGACGGUCGACGCCACGACUCCGAUGCCGGUUGUCGCGCCGGAAGCCGUCGCAGCGGCGCCACGACCAUCCCUUCCGAGAAGCAGUACAUCUCUCAGUGUGGGACCCACCUGCAGUUGAAACAUCCGCUGUGCGUGCCGGUAUGAUGAAGCCGGUGCCUGCCGAGGCGCAAUUGGUCUAGAAGCUCUUGCCCCCGACCCCCCUUCCCCAACCCCCCUCGCCGCCUCCGCCCCCGUCCCAGUCGCAGUCCCAGUCCCAGCCCCCGUCCCCGUCCUCGUCGCCCGUGCGGAGACGACAUGCGGCAGCAGGAGUGGCAGAUGAACGUCGUCGUCGUCGCGGCGCUGCCCCAGAGGUUCAUCGAGCACGACGACGGGCCAAUUCGAAGCUCCGCUCUGCGGACGAAGCUCGUCGACGCCUUCUUCAGGAGAGUUUGUUGCCCCGUGGAGCAGCGAUCGGAUUGAGCGAGCUCGAGCUCGCGUAGGAUCUCGAGCCUGGGAAUUCGUCUCGCCCGGGAGGAGCGCUUUCGCGUAAAUGGCCGAUUUCGCGAGCGGGCGGUCGGAGCAUGGCCAGGACGAGCGCGCGCCGAGCGAUGAUCAGGAGAGGGAGCUUUACGAGAGAGCGCGCAACGCGGCGAACGAGGCCGUGCGCGAGGGCAAUGCGCAGCUGAAAGCUGCAAUGGCAGCGGCCGGAGCUCCGAGGCAAUGCGCGGGGACUCCCGCCCGUAUGAAUCGAUGGUCUUUGAUCUUCUCCUGCCCUCGUCUCGAGGCUGCCUACCGCCGCAAGGCCACCUCCAACGCUGACAAUUGCGACCACCUUCCAAUUUUGUUCAAGAUUGCCAUGAGCGUGCCGCACUUUUGUCAGGCGCUUAAUCGAAUUGCGAGUCGGAGGAAUUUGUUUUCAGAGACGCCUCUAUCUCUUCGCGAGUUUUUCGUCUGCGAGCUCUGGGCGAUGUGGGCUGCUGUAUUCUGUCUUGCCGUGCUGGCUGUUCAGCUGAAGUGUCCACAAUGGUACAAGAGAAAUCGCGGUGCUGCGCUGAAGUACUUUGUCAUGUUGCUUUGGGCCUGGGAGAGUGUGAGACUCUAUCUGAACACCAAUGAAUUCAAGUACAUUUUUUUGGAGGUGGUCCUCGUAAACGUCUAUAUGAGCUUCCUGGAUCGGGUGCCAUUUAUAACUCACUUGCAGUCCAGAUGCAUCGGCUGGGGGGAACAGGUUGUUGCCAUCAUCAGUAAAGGCUUGGAUUUCAGACGAACCCUUGAAGUCAUGUUCUUUGCUGUGGUCACCCAUUCGAUUGGGUUGAUGAUCGCGUACUGUUUUGACCGCUCUGCGCGAAGACAAUUUCUGAAAUCCUUACCUGUCUGGUUACUGGACGAAAUGAAUGGGAGUGGCGCUCGGCCACAGUUCUAUCUAUCGUACAGAGCCUCCCUCUCUCGGCAGCUGUGGAGUAUAUUCUAUCCCGAGUUUCUCGAAAAUCCAGAGCCCGCAACUGGUGACAAAGCUGUCACUUACGAGCAGAUCAUGGCGCCACGAAGGGCCCUGGGAGGGUUUGCGGGCGGCUUCGGGGGCGUGUCAAGCCUCAAAUGUACGGGCCCAGUGUCCAAUUCUCCGUCCCCGCUAUCUUCAUCGAGUAGUUUGUCAGGGAGAACAUCAGAUUCAUCGUCGGGCCAUUGGGCUGGAGUGGGCUUGACGGAAUCUGGGCUAUCUUGCGGCGAGAUCGUGUCCAAUGGCCAUGACAGCACCGGCUACCAGCGUCGAGAAUUUGCCACUUGGGCCCCUUAUGUCACGACCAGUGCAUGCUCUCAAGUAGGGAUGGACGACACUGAAUCUCAGUACAUGCGCAGUCGCGGACUCAGAGCAGCUGCAGCAGACAAGACGGAAUACUGCUACUGAGGGGAAAGUCCAGCAUCUCUGAGGAGAUUCAGCGUCCUAUGAAACUGAUGAGUGCCGCUGGGGGUCUAGAAAUCCGUACAAGGAUUCUCGAGCAACUUUCUCUGCCGGUGCUCGGCUACACGAGACAUCUCAUGCUCGGCUUUGGAUGUCUGUGGCACCUCGUCUGAGGAACUUGUACUUCACCCGUUUGACUGAAUAUUGGAAGCUCACAUGUGUCUCCAGAGUACCUCACUCAGCAGUUGGGUGGAGAUCGGGUUUCGUCCAUUCUCUCACGGGGCUUCUUCCGUUGGCUGACCUUGUCCAGCGGACAUCUCACAAUACAGGAUGCCCCACAGCGAGCGAGGUCUUGUGAAUCACGCAAGACCAUUCCAUCACCUGCACCGACUCGACUCGGCUCGGCUGGCUGAGUCCCAAUGCCCAAGCCCCGAGCUCAUAAGCUGACUAGGGCGCUUUGGGUCAGCAGUUCGAAAAUGGUGGAAGAAUUUGGCAGAAUGGUCGUCGAUCCGGGCAAGGCCGAUGCGAGACUCGGGCUCUUUCGUGUCGGAUGCGGCAUCGGUCUUCCAGACACGCCUUCCAGGCCUCAGUCAUCCACCGUCCGUCGUGGUAGCACACAGUUUGGCACAGAAACCCAUCGCAUGCAGCGGCUUCUCGCAGAGGGCGAGAUGCCGUGAAUGUGAUACGAUCAAAGUACGCACACCUGCAUCGUAGCACUUCGAGCCAAUGCCGGAGCUUUGACGGCUCGUCGACGAACGACAGCUCACGAGGCGAGAAGGCGUACUUGAAGAAUAAGGAUGCGGUGGGCCAUCCUUUGAGGAUCGAAGGCUGUUUCCCUCACCAAUUCUCGUACAGUGAGUGAGUGGUGUAUCUUCGACUCCCAACACGAAGUUUUGUUAUUCAGAGCGGUCCUUCCGGCCUCGAUGAAAGCCGACGGCCACCUGCGAGGUCCCUGCCCAGGCCUCAGGCCUCAGGCUCAGGUGCCAGCCGCCGCAGCUGGAACACGUCGAGGGUUACGAGGUUUGCACAGUUCUGUUGUAUAAUAUAAUUAGACGGUUCUUCCACUUGCAGAUUUUCCAAUGCACCGAAUGGAUCGGUCCAGACCAGACCGUCCUCGAGUGUCAUGUUUGUAGAUGGACGGGGAGGGCAGGAUAGGUAGAUUACUGGAUAGCUCUCGAUAGGUAGAUAGAUAAUUAGAUAAACAGAUCGAUAGAUAGUGAGGUCGAAAGAAAAGCUCUGCCCUCUCGAGAGCUUCUCGCCUCUCGCUCUGUCUGUCUGACUUGCGUCUCGGUUCACGCGAAAUCGAAUGAAUUAUGAUCAUGGCAGAU